UAAAAGAAAGAAAGUAAUCGUUUCAAGGUGAUUACUGCAAUUAAUCAUCUUUAAUUUAAUUCUAACUAUGAUAAUAAUUCUAACCAAGUAUUCUGCCCGGGGAUAGAUGAUAAACGACGUUGGAUGGGCUUUAAUAAUCCGAAAAUCGUCUGGUGAAUGUGAUUGAGCGUACAGACAAUGAAUGGAUGAGUUAUCUGCGUCCACAGGCGUCACAAUGCCGUGUCCAGCGCUUCCUUGAACCCGACGUAACGCGAGUGGCUCCGUGCUCACUCUGCCAUAAGCAAUUAAGCAUGCAUCGUCCAUGCGCCCUCCCCUCGGGCUUCGCUUUUGCAGUCUAUAUAAGAAUUCGACACCGAUUCCUUGUCAUCUGUGUGUCUGUGACUGCAGUGCUGUGUUGUGUACCGGGCAAACAAACAAGCCAAGAAACCAGAAAAAUGCAGUCGUCCACGAUCAUCGUUCUCGCGUGCCUGGUGGCGGUAGUGGUGGCGGGGGCCCACUACGAGCGAUACCCGGCAGUGGAGGCGCUCCAAGAACCCGGACAGGUCCAUGAGGCUCUUUACGACACCCCCGAGCUCGAGAGGAGCCACAGGACGAAGAGGGGCCUUCUACUCUUGAAGAAAAAACUGCUGCUUGGCGCCCUAGGGCUGAAGGCGGCCAAGAUCGGCGCGGUCGGCGCGGGAGUUGCCGGCGCCAUCGCGCUCAAGAGCAAAAAGUCAGUACCGACCACCGUCAGAGUCGUCAGCGCUGCUCAACACGGCCAUUCGUAUUCGUAUAACAGCUGGUCUGGUUAAAUAGUCGCGCCGUGCGAGUUUUCUGAUGUCGCCUCAAGCGUACUUCAGAAAAACGAGAAGAGCAUCACUUAAGUAUUUGCUAAGAUUGUGUACAUUUUGUUUUGUUUGUUGGAAAAUGAGUAUUUUCAAUGAGUAUUAAGUUUUGUCGUGGAUUUGUAGCAGUGCUCUAAAGUUGAACCGUGAUUGUAUCAUAAGCGACGUGACGAAAAUUCGGUUAAAUUUAGUUUUCUUGCUCAUUGUACAAUUCAUUGUUGUGAGAAAGUAUCGUUGAAAUGUUGUUUCUGCCAUAUUAUCUGAAAGUAAGUUUAAAAUUUUGUAAGCUGGUCGAACAGACUGACACGAACUUAACACCAGGCUAUAAUUGUUUGUAAUUAGUUAGAAUUGUAGGCGUUUUCUAUAAUAUUUAUAGUAAAACGCUGAGCUUCUUGUAAUUUAGUGUUACAAUUUGUUUGUAUAAAUAAUUUCAUUAUA